AUGUUGAAUAAACAGCAGUCCGAAGAAGACAUUCUGUGUCUCUUUGAACCUUUCGGGGUCAUUGACGAAUGCACAGUGCUUAGAGGUCCGGAUGGAAACAGCAAAGGUGAGUUCAACGUCUUCGAUCCAACUGCGGCUCUCCAGCUGAUGCAGCAGCAGACGGUCCUCUCAGCUUCCCACGGUAGUUUUCUCAGUCCCAGCCUCACUUUUUCGCCGUGCCACAUCCAGCAGAUCGGCACCGUCAGCUUGAACGGCCUGCCAGCCGCUCCGAUUGCACCAACCUCAGGGUUACACUCACCUCCUCUGUUGGGCACAGCUGCUGUCCCAGGACUGGUCACCCCUAUCAGCAACAGCUUUGCAGGAAUGGUGGCCAUUCCCAGCAGCCACCCUGCCUUGGAGACGGUUUAUGCAAAUGGGCUGGUCCCCUGCACAGCCCAAAACUCCUCCGUUGCUGAGACCUUGCAUCCGACUUUCACGGGAGUCCAACAAUAUGCAGCUGUCUAUCCUGCCACUGCCAUCACCCCUGUCGCACAGGCCAUCCCUCAGCCUCUUCCAAUAAUUCAGCAGCAACAGCGAGAAGGUCCAGAAGGCUGCAAUCUCUUCAUCUACCAUCUGCCCCAAGAGUUUGGGGACAACGAACUGAUGCAAAUGUUUCUUCCCUUUGGGAAUAUCAUUUCCUCCAAAGUGUUUAUGGAUCGGGCCACGAACCAGAGCAAAUGUUUCGGCUUUGUGAGUUUCGACAAUCCGUCCAGUGCCCAAACUGCCAUCCAGGCCAUGAACGGAUUCCAGAUCGGGAUGAAAAGGCUAAAGGUCCAGUUGAAACGGCCAAAGGAUGCUGGCCAGCCCUACUGA